CCUAGUUAAUGCGCACGUUGUUUUCGUUUUUUAUUUCGUUGUAUUUUUAUUUGUUAAAAUGCAACGGAAGGAGGCCAAUCCGUUCCAGAUCCUGGGCCUGCGUCCUUGGCUUGUGAAGCAACUGACCAAGUUGGGCCUGAAAGGAGCAACUCCCAUUCAACAAAACUGCAUUCCGGCGAUUUUGGCAGGAAAGGAUUGCAUUGGAGCGGCCAAGACAGGCUCGGGAAAGACUUUCGCUUUUGCCCUGCCCAUUCUGGAGCGUCUGAGCGAGGAACCGGUUAGUCACUUCGCCCUGGUACUGACUCCCACACACGAGUUGGCCUACCAGAUAUCAGAGCAGUUCAUGGUAGCUGGACAAGCGAUGGGUGUGCGGGUGUGUGUCGUUUCUGGCGGCACAGACCAGAUGAUCGAGAGUCAGAAGCUUAUGCAGCGGCCGCACAUUGUUGUUGCGAUGCCCGGACGCUUGGCGGAUCAUCUGACCGGCUGCGACACUUUUUCUUUCGAUAAUCUCAAAUAUCUGGUUGUCGACGAAGCUGAUCGAAUGCUGAACGGCGACUUUGACGAAAGCCUGUCCAUAAUAGAAAGUUGUCUUCCCAAGACAAGGCAGAACCUUUUCUUUUCCGCCACCAUGAAGGACUUUAUGAAGGAGUCUAGCAUCUUUCCCAUUGCCCAAGAUUGUCUCGAGUGGUCACAAGACUCAGAUGUAGCCACUGUGGAUACUUUGGACCAGCGGUAUUUACUUUGCGCCGACUACGAUCGGGACAUGGUUUUGAUCGAGGCACUCAGGAAAUAUCGGGAGGAUAAUGAAAACGCCAAUGUAAUGAUAUUUACCAACACAAAAAAAUACUGCCAGCUUCUCUCCAUGACCCUAAAAAAUAUGGAUAUUGACAAUGUAUGCCUGCAUGGCUUCAUGCGGCAAAAGGAACGCGUGGCUGCUCUCAGCCGGUUUAAGUCGAACCAUAUACGGACACUUAUCGCAACGGAUGUGGCUGCCAGAGGUCUGGACAUACCCAGUGUCCAGCUUGUUAUGAAUCACAUGCUUCCCAGGACACCCAAAGAGUAUAUCCACCGCGUCGGCAGAACAGCCAGAGCGGGACGCAAGGGUAUGUCCAUCUCUAUUUUUCGAUUUCCGCGUGAUCUGGAACUCUUAGGCGCAAUCGAAGAGGAAAUCAACACUAAACUUACAGAGCAUCCCAUCGAUCAGCGCAUGGUGGAGCGAAUCUUUAUGCAAGUGAAUGUGACGCGUCGUGAAUCUGAAAUGCAAUUGGACAAUAACGAUUUCGAUGAACGAGCGCAGAACUACAGGAGGAAGACGUGGAUUAUGGAGGGCAAAGAUCCUGAUCAAAUGGAAGCGCUCUAUAAGAAAAAGCAAAAGGAUAAACUGAAGGAAAUACGUAGGAAAAGAAAACUUCAGCAGGCGGAGUCAGCUGCUAGUGAGGAAGGCAAGGCUCUACUGCAAGAUGAGCGCUUUAAAUCUGUAGACAGUGCGCGUUUCGAGAAAAAGGGUAAAGGAAAAGGUCGUGCGCCUAAAGACGGUAGAGAGAUAAAAAAUAAACCGUUAAAAAGGUUCGACAAAAGCAAGCAACUUUUCCAAAAGGGCAAACCAAAUAUCAAAAAGUCAAAGGGGAAGCUUAAGCGUGAUGUUUAAAUAUACGUUUAUAUAAUAACAAAAUAACUUUUGAGCUUA